AGAACUGCCUUGAGCUGUCUGAAAUGUUCGUCCUUCGGUGAUAUAUGAAAAUAAAACUUUUUGAAAAAAAAGGACAUAGUUUAAUAGACAUGAUAUUUCACGAGCUUCAAAGUACGUCGACUCAGAAGGAAAAUGGUGUCUGAAGUACACGAUUUAUCGGAGUUACGCCUUCAGACGAUAUUGACGGGUUUGUACGAAAGAUGGUGGAAAAGCGGUCAAGCGGGUGGGCACGCAAAUCUACUACAUGAGGCUAUGAGCAUCGAGGUGUUCAGUCUCACUUGAACUUCCAAGUUUUGAGCGUGGCAAAUUUUGAACUAAUUUUAACGGCAGUGAUUUCUUGUUGUACUUGUGCCACGCGGACAUUAAUCUGAGUGACGGAGGAUUUUAACUUUGGAGCAACAACACAAAGGUCGAAAAACUGGAUGCCGAACUUCUCACGCUCAAGAGGAUGAGGUCCCUAGGCUGAUGGAUGGGAGUGGUGCAGCCCAUCGUCCUUCGCUGCUGUGAAAAUGGCAGUUCCUUAUCGGCUGCUAUACCCGAGGGACGCUAAUUAAUUAACCAUAGAAGCAUUUCGUCGCCCACUCUAAGGUAGUCUCACCUCGGAGAGGUCUAUAGUAUAGGUCUAGGAGACGACAUUCAGGAAGUUCCUGAACGCCGAGAAUAAAAAAGAACAAAAGAACUUGCUUGCUGCCUCGACGUUGUUGUUCUUCUUCUUCCUUCUGCUCCUCCUCCUCCUCCUCCUCCUCCUCCUCAUUCAUUCUGCGAAGAUGGAGUGGCUACGAGACGCGUCCUUUUUGCUCGUGAUGAUGAUGAUGAUGAUGGCGACCAUAUUUCCGGCAUGUGCGCCGAAGAGAUCGAGCAGACUACUUUUGAGCAGUAUUCCUGAAGUAUGCCAGAGUGCAAAGGUUAACCUGGAAGCAGGUCAGAUGGCGUGGAUAGUGUCUCCAGGUAGCAAGGUGCCUGGAGUCAUAGAUGGAACACAAGGCAUUUGCAAGUGGACGAUUAAGGUACCAGCGGGAUAUGGAAUAGAGCUGGAGGUCGUGAGGUUUCGUCUCCGCAAUUCGCGCCACUGCCAAGUGACGAACGUUCAGAUCGUACCGCGUCUCUCCGUCCCUCGCCAAGUCAACAGGCCACUGACAAGAUUCUGUGGACGGGGCCCGAGGUCGAAGAUUUGGAGAACUACCUAUUCCGAGAUUGAUCUCGAGUACGCAGGAUUACGAGACCAGGGUCACUUGGGUCAAAUACAAGGCAACAGUUCUACAGAAAAUGAACUUCUUCACCAAGAACAGAGGCCCGAAGCCCAUUCGAGGCCUCAUGGUAGAUCUCGGCCGUCCACUGCCGAGAAACUGGACAAAAUCAAGGCCCUGCAACGCUAUUACCAGAAGAAGAGGCAGGAACAAGAACGAGAUGACCCCCAAGGGUAUCAGCAGAGACUCGCCCAAACCAAACAGUUUCACGGCUUUAAACGCAGACACGACGGUGGUUCUGAUAACAGAAGGUUUUACAGGCAUUCCAACCACACGGGCAAUAGCGUCCAUCACGAGGAGGAUGACAACACCAUCUUCGUGAUUGACGACGAACACUUUCUGUACGAUAACGACAGCCAGGUGUACGGCUCCUUUUCCGUCCAUCCUAAAUCGACUUAUCUCCGGCUUUUCAGCGCCGGUGAACCGGCGUGGAUUAGUGGCAACGAACUCAACAGCUCGGAAACAAAGUAUGAGGAGUACCUGAAUGUUUUAGGGGAGCUUUCCAAAGCAUCCAGGAAACUAGGCAGAAGUAGGAAGAAGGUGAAGCAGAACAACAAAAAGGCAAAGAAAAAGAAGAGUCAGUUCGAGUCUGGACACUUGGUCGGAGACUCAACGGAGAGAGUAACGAGAUCGGCAAGACCGAGGAGGAGAACCACGAGAAGAAGAGCCAAGACGAGGAGUUACCGCACUCAGUACUACACAGUCAGUCUCGGCCGACCAAGAACCACCAGAAAACAGUACAGGGUCUCGAUUGCCAAACACGACGAGCCCUCGUCAACGGAACAUGCAAGCCCGCACGAUCCCCAGCGGCCUACAGAAACUCACUAUUUUCGAAGCAGAGAGCACAAUGAAAUUAUCCCCGAGAAGCCAACUAAGUUGUCGUUUGUCGGCGAAUCGAAAGAAAUGUUUACUCCUAAAAUGUCCCAUCAUAACCCUACAUCGUCCUCUUCUUCUUCGUCAUUAAUUUCAAAGGAACCAGAAGACCUGUCUGGCAGUAAAGGGACCAAGAAAGAGUCUUUUGUUAUCAAGGUGUCGGCUUUCCAAAGUUCUUGCGGUGGGUCCAUCACAGCAGAGAAGGGAAGAUUCGCCAGUCCGGGGUACCCCAAGAAGAUGGGCGGCAAGAGGUCGUGUCUGUGGAAUUUCCAGACCUCCGGGGAGACUUCCUGGAAACUGGAAUGCAUCCACUUCCGCAUCCGGAAAUCGCCCAGGUGCAGGAGAGACCACAUUGCGAUCCGCAUCAACGAUGCAGAGUGGACCAGAUACUGCGGCCGAGAGGGUCCAAGCCUGACCUUGACCUCGUCUCACUCGUCCAAGGUCGACGUCGCCCUCAACACCUUCCGAAAUUCCUCCGCCAGGGUCAUCUGCUCCUGGGAGACUGUUUCCCUGGGAUUUCGCCACUCCAGCUACCAGAGAUAUUGGAGUUACAACUUGACCAGGAUUCCCGCCACCACUCCUUCCACUACCACGACAACCACUACAACCACAACCCCCUCGACCAAACUAAUAGCAAAACCAAGUUGGAGCUGCCCGGAUUAUGUACACCUGAACAAGGAGCACACCAUGUGCAAACCCACGCCCGCUACCUGCGCCAUAUACCAGCAAGGCUUGACGGUGACUGAUCAGCAGCAGAUCCUCAAGUCACACAACGACUACAGAGCCAAAGUAGCUCGAGGGGAGGAGUCCGGAGGCCUUCCAGGACCCCAGUAUUCUGCAUCUGAUAUGCAACAGCUCUCCUGGAACGGAGAACUGGCUCAGGUUGCUCAGGCCUGGGCGUCGGCCUGCCCUGAUUACCAUGACUGUCACGAAUGUCGAAAACUUCUGUCAAGAAGUUACUAUGUUGGUCAGAACAUCUUUUAUGAAUGGAGUAGCAGCAAUCCUGGGCCAGUGUGGGAAACUGCCGUCAGACUCUGGUACGAGGAAGUCAAGUAUGUCCCCAACUAUCUGGUGAAAGAUUUUAGAGUAAUGAACCACGCUGUUAUAGGCCAUUACACCCAGCUGGUGUGGGCAGACACCAAGGAGAUAGGGUGUGGCGCAGCUUAUCACGACUGUACGAAAGUGUUCCGAGGCCGAUCUUGGAAACUCAAGUGUAAAAUAUACGUGUGUAACUAUGGUCCCACCGGCAACUAUGUCCGGAAGCCUAUGUACACUAUCGGUCCUCCAGCUUCUGCUUGUCCCGAUGGCUCAGCGCCAUCUAGAGAGUACCCUGGUCUUUGUACAACUCAAUGACCUUCACCCGAUGUUUCGUGUUAAUUAGCUCAUUGGGCUGAAGAUAUCCCGAGAUGCCGUCAACACUUAUAACAAGAAUAUCUUACAGAUUUUAAGUGAGAUAGAACUCGAAUAGUAGCGAGCAGCCAACCCAUAAUGAUUAGAUGUCAAUUAUUUGAAAGCAUUUUGGCUUCAGCUGGAGCUAACAAAGGACUGGAAGACCUUGUCUAUGUAGUGCUAGGAGCAGAACUAAGCAACCCUAGAACCACCUCCACCCCACCAACUGUGGCAUCUUCCAACUGUGAACAGCAGUGACUUGACAAAAGACGACUUUAAAACUUAUUAAAAUCUAGAAGUGGUAUUUGACGGCUACAAGCACCCUUGGAAAUAGUGCAGUGACAAGAACGUGAGGUACGAGUAUUUAAAGUAGGUCAAUUGAAUUCAUUUAAAAUAUUCAUAUCGAAAGUCAGCUGAAUUAAGCGAUCGUAUCCAGAUGAUAAAACGACUAAAUUGGUGCAUAAUAUUCGUUUGGUCAAACAAAUAAAUUAAUCGGUGCUAUUUGUGCAGUGCAGCAGUUGAGUUGUAUAAUGAUGUAAGGUAGAUCAGUAAGUGUACUGGAUCACAUAUAUGAUCCCCAAGGAGCCAGCACUUAACGUGGCAAAUCACAUUUGAUCCCCUAGGUAGACCAGUAGCACCAAGCAGACACCAAAAAUCUCUGGUCUUUACUUUCUUCAAAAGGCUUUUGGGUUCAUGGAAAACGAUGUUCACUGUCGACAGAACUGUGUUUCCGGAUGAAGUACAAUUUCGAAAUUGACUGACAGUGCCUUCGUGUUUGGGCUAAAGUGUUGGUUCAGUGUGUGGUACUGUGACACUGCAAGUCCAUUCAUAGGAAAAAAAUGUGUUCACACAAAUUUAUGGUACGCAUACGGGUAUAUGCGGACGUGUGUAUAUAUUUGAUUAUGUAUAUCUGUGUAUAUAUGUAUAUAUUUUGUCAAAUUUUGUGAAUAGCUGUGCAUGCGCAUUAACCUGUUCCAAAGAUUUGAUGGUUCACUUUAAUUUUCUGCUAACAGCGAUCACUGCCAAUUGCCAGGUUUUUUAAAGUUGUAUUCUAUCAGAUGGUAACUUAAAUAGCGCAAUAGA